UUGGGAGGAUUCCCAAUUUCCAGAGCCAACACAUUUGAGAGCAGGGAGACCGGAGAAAUUGAGAGGGGACACACGGUAGUCAAAUCGGAGAAGAAGAAGAUGGGAAAGCAGUUGGGAACGACCGGGGAAUUCUUCCGGCGAAGGGAUGAAUGGAGGAAGCACCCCAUGAUGAUCAAGCAGUUCCGCCACGCGACUCCUGGGCUCGGCAUCGCGCUUGUCGCCUUCGGCAUUUAUCUCGUCGGCGAGCAAAUCUACGAUAGGGUUGGCACGCCUUCCUCGCACCACGGGUCGUCCUCUCAUUGAUCGGGGUUCUCGAUGCUUGUAUCUCUGAGAUGUUGAAGACGGGCGAUAGGAUUCCAAGUCAAUGCUGGGAUGGGAUGGCUACAUUUGUGGUUUUGGAAUGUUGCCUGCACUUUGGUGAAAUUAAUAAUUUGUUGUUUUGGGACUGAUUUCUUCCUUCUUUUGUAUCCAAAAGUUGCAAG